AUGUGGGGUCGUCCAAGUGGUCCACCACCAAAUUUCCGUGAAAACACCGAUCAACAAGGAGGUCGCCACCAUCACCAACAACAACAGCAACCCCAUAAUGGCGGUUAUGGCUACCCAGGUCAAUCCCAAACCACCUACAAUGGUCAACUGACAAAUAAUGCUUAUGGCGGCAAUACAUAUGGGGAACCACCAUCUAAUUAUGGUCAACCACCAUCUAAUUAUGGUCAACCACCAUCUAAUUAUGGUCAACCACCAUCUAAUUAUGGUCAACCACCAUCCCAUUAUAACGAGCCAUCAUCUUCAAGUUAUAAUGCAGGCAACGAUUACUCUCGUCCUCCUGCUCAAAAUUAUGGCUCUAGUUCUUAUGGCUCUGAUUCUUAUCAAAGACCUAAUGGUCCACCACCAGGUUGGUCCCAACAACAAGUUCAAGAACAGGCUAAUUCCGUGUCGGUUUUCCAAGAAAACGACCAUGAUAUCAACAUUCAAGAAGCUUACAAUGUCCACGCCCCAUCUCAAGCCCCUCAAAGAUUCUCUUCUCAGGUCGAUGGUUAUAAUUACCAAUACUCUAACUGUACUGGGAGAAGAAAGGCUUUACUUGUUGGUAUCAACUAUAUUGGUACCAAGAACCAAUUGAGAGGGUGUAUCAAUGAUGUUCAUAACGUUUCCAAGUUUUUGCAAAAGCACGGGUACAAGGAAUCGGAUAUUGUCGUUUUAACCGAUGAUCAAACCAACAGCAGAGCUUUGCCAAAGAAACAAAACAUUCUCGAUGGGAUGAAAUGGUUAGUGAAAGGUGCUCAAGCUAAUGAUUCUUUGUUUUUCCAUUACUCUGGACAUGGUGGCCAAGUUGAAGAUAAAGAUGGCGAUGAAUACGAUGGGUAUGACGAAUGUAUUUACCCAAUGGAUUUCGACAGUGCUGGAGAGAUCAUUGAUGAUAUCAUGCAUGACAUCUUGGUGAAAUCUUUGCCUGCUGGUUGUAGAUUGACUGCACUUUUUGAUUGUUGUCACUCUGGUUCAGCAUUGGAUUUGCCAUACACUUACUCGACCAAGGGGAUCGAGAAAGAACCAAAUGUGGCUGCCGAAGCCGGCCAAGGUUUGCUUAGUGCCGUCACCUCCUAUAUGUCUGGUGACACUGUCAGCGCCAUCACCAAAGCGUUUGGUGCAGUGGGGACUUUUAUGCAAGGUGAUAACAAUAGUGCUAUUGAAAAGACCAAGAAAACUAAAACUAGUCCUGCCGAUGUCAUCAUGUUAUCUGGUUGUAAAGAUGAUCAAACCAGUGCCGAUGCCAGUGAAGGUGGUCAAGCUACCGGGGCGAUGUCUUAUGCGUUUAUCAAAGUGAUGGACACCGGGAAACAACAAUCUUAUUUGAGUUUAUUGCAAAACACCAGAUCGGUGUUGUCUGGUAAAUACUCCCAGAAACCUCAAUUGUGUAGUUCCCAUCCAAUUGAUGUUAAUCUUCAAUUCAUCUUUUAA